UUUUAGUCUUUACUCAGCAAAAUCUGAAACCAAAGGAAAAACCCAUAGAAGAAAAAUGUACACUUUGUCUUCAAUUCGACAAGCUCGUCUUUUCUCUUCUGCAGCUUUGCUUCAACGCUUUUGCAGCUUCAACUGGGUCUCUCAAGCUUCGGCCAGCCGCUCUGGUUUUCUCGGUUGUUUAAAGAGUUUCAGUGCUGGUGCACAAUCUUCUGAGAAUGUUGGAAAUCUGGAGAAGAAUUUGGAUCCACAUACAGCGAAGGAGAAUGUCUCUGCUACUUAUGCUUCGAGUUUCCGGAGUUAUAUACGUCCUUCAGGUCAGACAGAUUUUGGGUUGAGAGGGAAUUUCAAGUCCAUGGACGUUGUGAGGGAAGCAAUAAAUGGAGAUAGAAGGGGCAACUAUUGGGGUUCUCAAUUUCCGCAAUACAAUGUUGAGCAAAAUGCUGAUUUUGUGCACAUAAAGCUCAUGCGCAACAAUACCUUUGUCACUGUGACAGAUUCCAAAGGAAAUAAAAAAUGUGGAGCAUCGUCUGGACAUUUAGGGGGCACAAAAGCGUCUAGGUAUUCUGCUGAAGCAACAGCAGAACAUGUGGGACGGCUGGCAAGAAAUAUGGGGAUUAAAUCAGUUGUGGUAAGAGUGAAAGGUUUUACUCAUUUUAAGAAGAAAAGGCAAGCUAUUGUUAGCUUUUGUGAGGGCUUUAGUAAUUCUCGGUUAGAUAAGAAUCCUGUUGUAUACAUUGAAGACACCACUCGACGUCCGCAUAAUGGAUGCCGGCUUCCAAAGAAAAGACGAGUCUAACUUCCUUGCCUUUUUAUCUAGGGCUUGAUAGAGGCUCACAGCUAGAGGUGGCAAUUUGUUUUUCUUUUUCAAGGGGUGACAAUAUGUUGGUUGAUGUUGGAAUAGUACUUUGUUUUAUCAACUCCCAUGAAUUCUUCUUGUUGUUCUAUUAUCAGUUCUUUUUAUUUCUCCAUAAAUUUUGCUGGUGUGUCUGAUACAAUGCUUGUUUGUCAUCAGUUUUGAGUCAGUAGUUGUUGAGAUUUUCUCUUUCAUCUUACAGAAAGUUUAAAUCUUUCUUAUGUGGAAGAGUUGAUGUUAGUUACAUUUCUUGUUUCUGAUCAUAUUUUGCUGAACCAUUUCUGUUUCAAGAUUAAUAUAGAUGCUUUUUUAUACAUACAAAUGGGAAAAAA